CAUCAUCGCGCCAGUCGCUCUUUCCGUUCUGCUUUACACUUUACAUUCUCUUCAGAGCUAUUCAGUCCUUUUCUCAGCCUCGUUUAUUUUCUAAGCCACAGAUCGAUUCAAUUCUUUAGAUUAGAUCUGAGCUCAUCCAGAGCUCAUCAUGAAAUUAUUCUCAGCAAUUCUCGCCUCCUCUGCCCUGGUGGCAAUUACGAGCGCUCACACUACGAUUUGGAACAUAUAUGUCAAUGAUGUCAACCAAGGUGUUGGUAACACAGCUGGGGGCUAUAUCCGCUUCCCCCCCAACAAUAGCCCGGUCAAGGACCUCACUUCAAAAGAUCUGACAUGCAACGUCGCCAACACUCCCAAUACCAAGACUGUAACUGCAGCUGCUGGAGACAAGAUUACCGUUGAAUGGCACCACAAUGACAACACAGCAUCAGACGAUAUCAUCGCUUCUUCCCAUAAAGGGCCAGUCCUCGUCUACAUCGCACCUACCGCCUCCAAUGGUGCAGGGGAUGUCUGGGUCAAGCUCGCAGAAUCAGGAUUUAACGCCGGCACCUGGGCCGUCGAUACGCUUAUUGCCAACAAGGGCAAGCAUGACUUCACCUUACCGUCCGUUCUUGCCCCUGGCAACUACCUCGUCCGAUCUGAGAUCAUCGCUCUUCACGAGGCAGAUGCAGCGUUCACAGCCAAUCCUGCGCGUGGCGCACAGUUAUACAUGGAGUGUAUCCAACUCCAGGUCACUGGUAGCGGCAGCACUACUCUUCCUGCAGGUGUAGCUAUCCCAGGCGCAUACAAAGAAACUGAUCCAGGGAUCGUGUUCAAUCUCUACGGCACCUUCACAUCUUACACUAUCCCCGGGCCAGCAGUUUGGAAUGCCGCAGCCGGAGGAUCAACCGGUACCUCUCCUCCGCCAAGUAACUCAACAAACGCACCGGCCGCUUCCUCACCAGCUGCACCGGUCCCAACAGGUGUGCCAGGAGGUGCCUCAACCACGAGCGUGUACGCGUGUUCAUCCACUAUGUCUACUGUCGUCGGCGCCGCACCGUCCGGAGCAGCCGUGGCUGGAGUGUCAGCCGCUGUAGCUAAGUACUCCCAAUGUGGUGGAAAAGGCUUCACCGGCGGAACGAGCUGUGUUGCAGGCACGACAUGCAAGGUGAUCAAUGACUAUUAUUCGCAAUGUCUUUCCUGAUUUGCAAUGAACAUGAAGUCUGGAUUGGGAUAAGGCAAGGGCGUCAGGGACGAGUGAAUCGAUUUGGAGGUUGGGUUCAUGUAUAUAGUUCUGUUCGUUCCUGCCGAGCAGGUUCAACUUCCUGGCGUAUGGGCAUAUGGGAAGGGGCGUAUUUGGUUUGCACUUGGUUAUAUAGAUAUAUCAUAGAGGAGAGGAUCUGAGAGAAUCAAAAGUUAAGUUGCUGAAAGACCC